UAGUGCAUGUUUACACAACGCCUGACAGCGCAUCCGCGGCGGCCGCGCACAUUAUUUUGUACACUACGGUGUGUACGAUAAUGUGAAUGAACGUCUUCAAGUAAAUCGUCCAUUCAUUCAUUUAUCGCAAGAUGUCUGCCGUGUGCAAUCGUGGCGUUGUAGCUGAGGUGAAGGCCGCUUUCCAAAACGACGCACUGCCUUGUCCCAGGUGAAAAUCAUCGACCUGAUGAUAGUUCCAACUCAGCCGGGAAUUGUCGUCUUGACAGCAGACGUCUUACACCACAUGCAUCAUGGGUGUUGUGAUGCGCACCUACAUCUUUGUCUGUCUGCUUGGCAUCAUAUCCACCAUCUGCAUUGUUCUACUGACUGUCUCCAGUAAGAACACUCACAAGAUUCAAAUCAGUAAAGAUGACAGACGGGCAACGUGGAGGCAACAAAGGAGACCACACCUUCAUAAUCAGAAGAACCACCGAGAUACGAAUGAUAUAAAUUAUGGGAAUUUGGAUCCCAGCCAACACACAAGGGAAGUCGUUCUAGAUGAUAACAUCUUUAGUGUUAAAGCCUUUUCCGAUUUUGACCACCGAACUAAUAGAAAUACAGCAAGUGUUAAGGAUGAGACAGACGCUACAAAGCCUGACAUCUUUUCUGUCUUGGAGGACAGCAAUACAAGACCCGAUGCAGAAACUGGCAUCUUGCACGUAAAAGAGGCAGUGCAAGGAGGCAUGGCCGCUGCAUUGCUCAUGAGUAUUCAAGAGGAAGAUACAAAUAAAAAUGAACCAACCCACCACAGACAAGACAGAUUGACUACAGUGGAAAGAGUUUCACCCCAGGAAAAACUGACGGCAACUUAUAGGUUGGAAUCCAGAGACAAAGAUGGGCAAAAUGGCAGCCUGGUUAAUAGGAAGGACAACAAAAAAGGAUUUGGACAAGAACAUUUAGUUCGGACCAAGGCAGCAUCAAGUGAAAAGCUACCAACUGAAAAUGUGGAUAUGCAAAACAGCAGAAUUCUGCAUGUUGGCAAACAGAAAACAUCCAAACAGAAGGAUGGUCCUCCUGUGAUGAGACACAGGCAAAGUGGAAACUCCAGCGAUGAGAACAAACAUUUAAAUUAUCGUAUCAAAUCGUCUGCUUCGAAUAAAAGACAAGAGUUUGAGACUCGGCAGAGAACUGGUAAGAAAUCUCCUGCAGAGAUAGCUAAGGAGGUUGCUUUGAAGAUGGCUCCUCAACCAAGGUUGAAACCAGUUGCCAUUGAUCAGAACAUCUUGAACCAGGAGAACGGUAGCUAUCCGGCCUUCAUCAAAACCAGCUCCACCCUGUUCCGGGUUCUUCCCUCUGGAAAGCUAAAAACAGGCUCAUGCAAACCUCUGAACAAUAUGGCCAUGAUGAAGACUCACAAAUGCAGCAGCUCUACACUUCAGAAUAUCUUAUACCGCUGGGGAGAUGAUCAUAACUUGACGUUCAUCUUACCUAAGGAGGGACCAUACAUCGGUCAUCCUCAGCCUUUUGAUAUCAGUCAUGCAGAGAGAGUGGUUGGAGACAAGUAUAACAUUGUGGCUAAUCAUGCCAGAUACAACGAAGAGGGCUUGAAAAAGGUCAUGCCGAGUGAUACUGUGUACUUCACCAUUCUGCGUGAUCCAGUCAAGCAGUUUGAGAGCGCUUUCACAUACUACAAGUUUGAUGAGCGCUACGGCGUGCCUGGCCUGCGAAGCUUCCUGAAGCAACCCGAAGUUUACUUCCAACGAGAGCCUGUGUUUCCUAGACAAGCUGGCCGCAAUCAGAUGAUGUAUGACUUGGGACUUGAUGCACGCUUCAUGGAUGAUACCAGCCCAGAGGUCCACGAUUACAUCGCUAUGAUUGAGAAAAACUUCCAGGUUGUGCUGAUUGCAGAAUAUUUUGAAGAGUCAUUGAUCCUGUUGAAGGAUUUGCUGUGCUGGACCUUAGAUGACAUUGUGUACUUCAAUCAGAACUCACGUAGCCAGUCCUCCGUCCGUAGGGUUACUGCUAGUAUGCGAAGGGGAAUCCUUGAGUGGAAUGCGGCCGAUACUUCCAUGUAUGAACACUUCAACGCGACACUGUGGGAGAAAAUCCGACGUUAUGGUGUGGAUAGGAUGAGAGGUGAGGUGGCUCAGCUUCGACUGAGGAAUGAGAUUCUGAAAAAGAAGUGCAUCGGUGGGAAACUGGAGUCUCACGAUCCUAGGAUGUGGUACCCUCCAGGGAUCAAGGUGGACAGUUUUGUUCUGAAUCCUAGUGCAAGAGGGGAACGUCUGUGUGAGCAGUUGAUCCGACCAGAGCUGAGUUAUAUCGACAUCUUGAAGACAAAGCAGAGGAGAAUCACUGCCAGGUUUGAUCGAAGAGAUGAGUUCUUCCGACGCCACCCACAGUUCAGAGAAGUCCAUGCACGGAGAUUACCAAAGGCAAGGCCACAGAGAAUACAGGGUUGAGUUUGACACUGCUACUUGUAUGUGAGCUUGAAAACAGUACAGAAAUAUAAUGAUCAGUAUUCAGUAAUAGUUGAGAUGAAGGGAAGUGCUGAAGGUUGUUCCCAAUUCAUGUCUGAGGCUAUUAAAGAUAAAGAUGAUCUCCACUUUGGGGAGUGUGUAUUAGUAUGUAAGCUUGAUUUGUAGUACUGAGUAAAAAAAGAUCUCCAUGCAGCACCAUUGCUUAUAAUCAUGAUUGAAACAGAGUUGUAUGGAUUUGUUCUAGGCUAGCGCUUGACAGGGUAUAGCUUUGUCGAACUCUGUGCUCACAUAAGAGAGAAAUAAGCAUAUCUCUGUACUAAAAAGGAGUUAAUGUGUAUACCUGUAGAGAUUGAGGUUGGUUUCUUUGGUAUUGCGGGGAGCCAAUGGUCUCAGUAGGCAUACCUAAGGCUGACACUGCCCCCAAGCUGUCUGGAAAAAUAUAACUUCCCAGUGCCGAAAAAUGGUGCAUCAUUCUAGAAUUAUGUGCCGCAUAGUAAAUGGUAAAUAGGUUUUUGUACAGUAUUCAAAAUUCAGCCAUCAAAAUACUGAAAAGAUGGGUGUUUGGGGUAAUGUUUAUAAGUUCUCUCUUCCAAUCUGUUGAUGUUCACAUUUUAUCCUGAAACUUGAGUGUAUUGAUGUAUUUUGUGCAUAUUCAAGGACAAUGAUAUUUUAACAGGUGCUAGGAUUAUAAUAAAAAAAAAGAUACAUUAGCACCUUACUGAAUGCCAUAAUAUCCGUAACAGGUUUGCCAAAGAAAUAAAUCAUCAGAUAUCUAGAAAAAAAGAGACAAAUCGGCUAUGAACAUUUUAAAUAAUAUUGGUGCUCAGUUGCACAUGACUGCCAAAUAUUAUGAAGUUUGAAAGAUUGAAUUAUAUUUUGAUUAAAAAUUUUGGGUGAGAAAAAGCAGCCAUUCAUACAGUUUCCCUUUUUGUCUUCAAAGUCUAUUUUUGUCGGACAACAUAUUUUUCUCCAAUUUCCAUCAUCAGUUUUCCAGUUCUUAAUUUUGCCAAACUGUUCUUGCUUCAAGGCAGUGUCUUCCAUUGACAAAUUUGUCUGUUUUUUUCUAAACUAAAAUCAGUUCUGAUCCUGAAAUCUUGAUCCCCAAAGUCUGUCCCAUUCUUGCAAAACUUCAUAGAUCAAAAUGACCGUCUUCUAAUAUUUAAAAGGUAAGCCAUUGUUAUUGGUGCUUAAGUGGGGUUAUUAAUUUAUUGUAUUUAGACUACUGUAAGUAAUUGUUGCCAAUUGGCUUUGUGUUUGGCUUGGUACAUUGUUGUACAUUCUUGAAAUUCUUCCAAUUGCUAAUGACGUUAACCAAAGCGUUGUACAAUUCUUCCUGGAUUGGCUCAU